AUGACAAUACUCAAUCCACUCGUUUGUGUGGUAGACUUCCACCAUGCGCGAGGACCAGAAGUUGAGACCUGGCUCGGUGCAGAAGAGGGGACCGACCCAGCCAUUGAUAAUGACUGGUCGCUGCUGCCAUUCAUGGCCUUGAGCGAUGGCGCGCAUGCCUCUACCGAAGACUACUCGUAUUUUACCCUUCGCCGCGCCCAAACCUCGACCGACCCCGCUACCUCGCUGUUCGGCAUAUCAUGUACACGACAACUCGAUGCCAGCAAGCUCAUCGACCGACCAGCCGAGGUCACAAGGAGUACAGUGCAGAAGGCUGUUGUAGUCAUAAGCGAUAGCCCCCAGCAUUUUGGCGCAAUCAAGGCGCAAUUGGGUAUCGUCACGCAGCUAUGGUUUGCUCAAAACGAUUUUACGGAUCUCGACAUAUUACAGCGAUUUACCGAAAGUCUGCCCCAGCUGCUAAAGAACCAAGAGGGGCAACAAGACCACUAUUUUGGUAUCUCCCUCCGUGAGUUCAUACACGAGUUCAAAUGGCAAACUCUGGUUCUUUUCAAGUGUGCCUUGCUCCAACCAAAGGUUCUUUUCUUCGGCUCCCAUUGCGAACGAUUAUGCAUGAUGCAAUUUGCUCUUAUUUCUUUGAUACCCGGCCUCAUUCGCCACUUGCAAGAUGCUGCUGAUCCAAAGUUCAAUUCGUGCGAGGAGAAGUGCGUAAUGCCUACUUCUCUGAAGACGUCAGAGCGCGCGUCUUUGCUGGCAUACAUGGGUCUCCCCCUGCAACUGUUCGGUACAGGAUCACUAUUCGGCCCAUAUACCCCGCUUCAGCAACUCGACAUCCUGGCUGACCAGGAUACCAAGUCUUAUAUUGUUGGUUCUACCAACUCGCUGCUGUUGCAGCAAAGAGAUCGCUACAGUGAUAUCCUGAUUAACCUUGAUGAUCACACCGUAAACAUCACUUCGGCCGCACUUCGAUCGGCCUCUGUUUUAUCCACACCCGAUCGAAGGUGGAUUGACUUUCUAACCCAAACCGUCAACGAUACAUGGGAUGAUGCCGAUCCUGCGCGACCAAAGGAUCACGGUUAUGCCGGCAGCGAAGAGUUCAUUCGUAUGCAAUUCGAGGAGUACCUGCUUGCUAUGCUAAGCUCUGUCAAGUACAAGCUCUAUCUGGAGAAGAAUGCUCACAAGGAGCAUUUGAUUACAGAGGUUGAAGGUAACCCAGCUAGCGAGUUCUCAAACGAAUGGGUGCAUGCCUGGAUGCAAACCGAGAACUUUCGCAUCUGGAAUAAGUUCACAGACUCGCAUCUUUUCGACAUUGUUGACCCCAAACACCCCUGCUCCGGUGGUCUAAGUAUGGAAGAUGUCCAGCGAAGACUAGCACAGCAGGUAGCGGAAAUGCAUCUCGACGAACGGCUAGAAAAGAGCAGAGAGGCGCUCGGCAAGCAGCUCGCCGUAGGCCAGCAAAAAGUCUCAUCCGCUUACAACAGACUCUGGGCGGAGAUGGAGGCCAUGCGCGAGGCCCAGAAACAGAGAGCGGAGGAAGCUAAACUCCUGGCUGAGAAAGAGGGUAAACCUGUCGAUGACGGGAAGAAGUGGAAAACACCACAAGCACCCGACCUCUCCACGGCAAAAGCAAGCGCCGGCGCCUACUUCUCCAGCUGGGGCACCUGGGCGUCUGAAAAACGCAGAACCUGGGGCGCAGCAAAAACUCCCGUCGCUUCACCCACCCCGCUCGACGUCAAACGCGCAGAAGACUUCAAGGCUGAAAAAGAAAAAACUGUCGGUGGUGUUGGUACCCCUGGUGUGCCUGAGACACCCGUCGCAGUCGAUACUCCCUAUCAGGAUGACGCGAGAAGGUCGAGUGUGUUCUUCGAUGCUGAGAAUGAUAGGGGUGAGAGUAGGGGGUGUAGUCCUGUUAAAGAGAGGGUUGUGGGAUUAGGGUUGGGGCUGGAGGGCAAGAGGGCGAGUAAGGGGGAUGGUAUGGUUGAUAUUAAUCUCGAGGAUGAGGAGAAGGAGGUUUGGGGGGCGAGGAGUGUGGAGGUUGAGAGGAAGAAGGUGGAAGUGGAGAAGAAGGUGGUUGAUGUUGAUUCUGAUCUUGAUAUUGAUGACGAUGACGAUGAUGGUGAUGAUGAUGAUGAUGAUGGGGAGAAGGAGAAGGAGAAGGAGAAGGAGAAGACUGUGAUUGAGAAAGAAAAGAGUGUUGUGGAGAAGAACUAGAUGGUUGGAUGGUAUCCAUCAUGUUGAUUAUAAGCUUGGAUUCGAUGAUUAUGUAACUAACAGGUUGAGCAUGGUAUUUAGUGUAGAGUGCGUCUUGCGUUUACAGGGGUGAAUGUUCAUGGUACAGGGGAGUAAAGGGGAUGAAAGAUGAUGAAUAAGAUAUCCCAUUCAUCA